AUGUAUGGUAUCCAAUCCUAUUUUGAGGAUCGAGCAGAGGUCUUUACGCCAUUUGGAACACAGGAUAUGUACGAGUAUCUAUAUGAAGUAAAGUUGGCGCAAGUCAGAGAAAGAUCACCCUGCAGAUUCUGUGAACGGCUCAACAACGACGCGUUAUUUGAGCUCGGAUCUGAUAUCGGCUCCCCCGACUUGAAUCGUACAAAAAGCAUGCGUGGUCUUCCCGUCUUCUCAGACGGUUUUUAUCUUCGACUACAAUAG